AAAAGUACUGAUUUUCAAGAAAAUUUAGUGAUUUCGAAAGGUUUUUUUUUUUGAAAGGUUAUACUGUUCUCUCUCCCACUAUUUUCCUCGACUGUUUACUCACUCUCACAUUCGUUUUUGAUCUCUCUCUUGGUCAUAUUCAACUAGCGGAGAGACACGCAUGCCUUGCUUUUUCUAGUUUCCUGCGGUGUGCUGAAAUAUCUUAAGAAACUCAUGACUUGGCAAUUAAAACAGAGUUGCAAUUCUCUGCAGGAAUCCCUAAGAAACUCAUGACUUGACAAUAAAAAGAGAGUUGCAAUCCUCUGCAGGAAUCUCUCAUGGGUGAUGGAGUGGAACCUUCAGGUGUCGGGAAUCAGUUGGUUGUGGUUCUCGUGGGCGCACCAGGCAGUGGCAAAACGACCUUCUGCAACAAUCUCAUGGAAACUUCAAAUCGGCCAUGGAUUCGUGUAUGCCAGAGGGACCCCAAGGACAGGCACUUUUGUGGAAACGGGAACUCUCUCUUCUGCACAUGUGCAUAGCUCCUUUUAGUGUAUCAAGAUUGAAAAGAGCAGCUUCCAAUUUGUGAUGGCGAUGCACAUGCCAUGAGAUGGCUCAAGGACACAAUUGCAAAUGGAAAAGCGGGGACCAAAGCCCAAUGUCUAAAAAAAGCAACUGAAGCCUUAAAGGAUGGCAUAAAUGUUCUUAUUGAUAGAUGCAAUCUAGAAAGAGAACAAAGAGACGAGUUUUUAAAGCUCUAUGGGCCAAAAGUUGAUGUGCAUGCUGUGGUUCUUGAUCUGCCAGCGUCACUUUGCAUUUCAAGAUCAGUGAAGCGUACCGGACAUGAAGGAGGCUUACAAGGAGGAAGGGCAGCAGCUGUUGUUAAUCGUAUGCUAAAAUAUAAAGAUGUGCCAAAGCUCAGUGAAGGGUUCUCUCGAAUUACAUUUUGCCAAAAUGAAAAGGAUGUUGAGAAUGCACUAAGUACAUAUGGAUCAUUGGGACUGUCUGACAGUCUUUUGCAUGGGUGUUUUGGACAAAGAAAUGCAGAGUCUAAAGUUCAACUUGGCAUUAUGAAGUUCCUAAAGAAAGCAGAGGCCCCAAUAAAUAGUCAAGAAAAUGCUACACAAAAACAUUCUCUUACUACUGACCCAGAGAAGCCAAUUUUGUUAAAGGGUGAUGAGAAUGUGGAUGUUACUAAUAACAAAGGAUUUUUGAGAUUUGUGCCUUCCAUGGAUGGUGUUCCACAAAAUCGAGAAAGUGUUGGGAAGGAAGUUUGUCAUACUAGUGAACUUGAUAAUCCAAAUUCAUCAGUGGGAAAUGUGAAUAUGGAUGUUACUGAUAACGAAGGCUUGUUGGAAUAUGCUCCUUCCAUGGAUGAUGCUACUCAAAGUAAAGAAAGUGGUGGAAAAGAAAUUUGUCAUACCCAUGAACUUGAGGAGCCCAUUUCAUCUGUGAGAGAUGUAGACAUGAGCACCAUCAAUAACAAAGGCUUGAUGGAAUUUGCUUCUAUGGAUUUUGUUACCCAAAAUGAUGCUUUCUAUACUCUAGUUUUCCCAUCAAUUUCAACAUCUGAUUUUCAAUUUAACAAAGAAAAGGCAUCUGGUAUAAUUGUAGAAGAAGUCUCUAAGUUCUUGGAUUGGGCAGAAAACGUGAGACUAGUUCUUGUAGACUUGACAAAAACAUCCACUAUAUUGUCGAUGGUUGAGUCCAAAGCAGUGGAGAAAGGAAUUGAUCCAAAGAAGUUCUUCACAUUUGUCGGGGACAUAACUCGACUCUGCACUGAUGGAGGUUUGCAGUGCAAUGUGAUUGCCAAUGCUGCCAAUUGGCGCUUGAGGCCUGGAGGAGGUGGUGUUAAUGCGGCUAUAUUCAGUGCAGCGGGUAAAGAAUUUGAGAUUGCAACAAAGGAAAGUGCUACUAGUCUCAACCCUGGUGAAGCCAUUGCUGUUCCUCUCCCCCACAAUUCUCCUCUAUACAAAAGAGAGGGCAUGACUUACGUGAUACAUGUUCUUGGCCCGAAUAUGAACCCACAAAGACCAAACUACCUUAACAAUGAUUAUGUAGAAGGAUGCAGAGUUCUUUGUAAGACUUACUCAUCACUUUUUAAGUGUUUUGCUUCUUUAAUAAAGACCCAAAAAUUGCAAAUUCGCAGCAGCGAUCUUAUCAAGCGAGAAACUUUAGAAUCUUCAAAUGGCACUGGAAAGAUUCCUCUUGAUCAGUUUCUUCAGGCCUCUAACAGUCAUAAACAGAGAGCUAAGAGGGAGAGCUGUUGUGAAACUGAGAGUAAUAAAAAAUGCAAGGGAGUUCCUUCUUCUGGAUUUGUUUUGGUGAACGGUGGUUUACAUAUUAAGGUUCCUGAAAAUAGUAACCAUGGUAGGAGUCAUCACACCAUAUCUGGAUUAAGUGAGAAUAUUGGAAGCCCAUCCAGAUCCAUGGCAGAGGAAAACAAGGAGCAUAAGACUAGUAAGAAUGAUAGGGUUGCAAAGGCUUGGAGCUCAUGGGCACAGACUCUGCACCAGAUUGCCAUGCACCCAGAAAGGCACAAGAAUAGUGUUUUAGAGAGUUCAGACUCGAAUGUUGUAAUAAAUGACCUUUAUCCUAAGGCCCAAAAGCACUUGUUGGUACUUGUGAGACUUGAUGGACUAGAUGGCCUUGCAGAUGUUCGUAAAGAAAACCUUCAUUUGUUGAGGGAUAUGCACUCUGUGGGACUUAAGUGGGUCCAAAAUUUUUGGCAUGAUGAUGCAUCUUUGGUUUUUCGUCUUGGUUAUCACUCGGCUCCUUCAAUGCGGCAGCUUCACCUUCAUGUUAUUAGCCAAGAUUUUGAUUCCCCUCACCUGAAAAACAAGAAACAUUGGAAUUCAUUCAACACGAUCUUCUUUAGGGAUUCCGGUGAUGUGAUUGAAGAGGUCGAUAAGAAUGGAAGGGCAGCAUUGUAUGAGGCUGAGAGCAUCUUAUCAAUGGAAUUGCGUUGCCACCGUUGCAAGAGUGCUCACCCUAAUGUCCCUUGCCUCAAAUCUCACAUUCGGGGAUGUCGUGCUCCUUUUCCUGCAUCCCUUAUUAAUCAGGGCCUUUUGAUCACAACCCCAAUGGUGGCAAGAAAGGAAGAAACAGGAUAAGGAUAUCUUGUGGUUCCUUUUGUCAUGUAUGUACAUAAAGUCUUUUUGUUACUAUAAUUUGCUACGAGUUUUGUAAUGAAACCAAUGUUCAUCAAGAUGUGCAGGAGGGCACCAACAUGGAAAUAUAGGAAGUGGGAGACAAGGAAGAGGCAAGAAGAAGAAAGGGAGAGGACGAAGAAAGAAGCUAGAAAAGGAAGAAAGCAGAGAAAGAAGCUAGUGAAGCUAACGUUUCAAACGACCUAGAGGCCUAAAGGAGCGCUCUCUUCUCUCUCUACAUGGUUCCAGCCCCCUGCUUAACACACUCUCUCUCUGCAUGGUUCCCAGCUCCCUGCUCAACACAAACACACACACUCUCUCUCUCAUCUUAGGACAUUGAUUUGGUUUUUGAGAAUCCCAUACUUGGUAGUGCGUAUGCUUCGGAUAUUACCAGUACUUGAGAUCAGCUGAAAUUCAAUUGUUCGCUGCAUUGGCUUGUGGUUUCCUUUCAAUUUUCUGGUAUGGGGCUUUUCGUUUUGAUAUUUAGGGUAGGUUUUGGUGUUGAUCAGAAGCUGCCAUUUCUGUUCAUACUGAGUUUUCUUUGCUUUGGGUCUCUUUCUUUCUCA